AUGUCUAAGGAUUAUUUUGGGUUCUCCUUAAUGAGGAGCAAUGCGAGAAAUGGCACGGCCGGCGUGGCUCUUAACAAUGCUGCAGAUAUCUCCGUUAUUGUGAUUUACUUUGUGGUUGUGAUGGUUGUUGGAGUAUGGGCUAUGAUCCGCACCAACCGAGCCACAGUCGGUGGUUUCUUCCUUGCAGGGAGGAGUAUGGUGUGGUGGCCGAUUGGAGCAUCACUGUUUGCCAGCAACAUUGGCAGUGGUCACUUUGUAGGAAUCGCUGGGACCGCUGCAGCUUCAGGAAUCGCUAUUGGUGGAUUUGAAUGGAAUGCUCUUAUUGUGGUCGUCAUUCUGGGAUGGCUCUUUGUGCCCAUCUACAUCAAAGCUGGGGUGGUCACCAUGCCUGAAUACCUGAAGAAGAGGUUUGGAGGACAGAGAAUUCGCAUCUACCUCUCUGUGCUGUCUCUCUUCCUGUAUGUUUUCACCAAGAUCUCAGCAGACAUGUUCUCUGGCGCCAUUUUUAUCAACCAAGCUCUCGGGCUGAAUAUCUACCUGGCUGUUGUCAUGCUACUUUCGAUAACAGCCCUGUACACAGUCACAGGUGGAUUGGCUGCAGUGAUCUACACGGACACCUUACAGACUAUCAUCAUGGUUGUGGGAUCAUUCAUCCUUAUGGGCUUUGCUCUCAAUGAGGUCGGAGGUUAUGAACAAUUCCAGCUGCGCUACAUGGAGGCCGUCCCUUCUGUAACAGCUAACAUCAGUGCGAGCUGCUACGAGCCUCGGGCCGACUCCUUCCAUAUUUUUAGGAAUGCGAUCACAGGAGACCUGCCAUGGCCCGGCCUUGUUUUUGGACUCACCAUUCAGGCCACCUGGUACUGGUGCACAGAUCAGGUGAUUGUUCAGCGCUGUCUCUCAGCUAAGAAUUUAUCUCACGUUAAGGCAGGGUGCAUCUUGUGUGGCUACCUGAAACUGCUGCCUAUGUUUCUCAUGGUUUUCCCCGGUAUGAUCAGCAGGAUCCUUUACACUGACGAGGUGGCAUGUGUGGACCCGAUUGAAUGUCUAAGAUACUGUGAUGCCAAGGUGGGCUGCACCAACAUCGCUUAUCCUAAACUGGUGGUGGAACUCAUGCCCAAUGGUCUGCGAGGUCUCAUGCUGUCCGUGAUGAUGGCCUCUCUGAUGAGCUCACUCACCUCCAUCUUCAACAGUGCCAGUACUCUCUUCACAAUGGACAUCUACACUAAGAUCCGCAGCUCAGCCACUGAAAAGGAACUCAUGAUCGCUGGGAGAGUGUUCAUCGUGUUCCUGAUUGGUGUGAGCAUUGCGUGGAUCCCCGUGGUGCAGGAAGCCCAGAGUGGUCAGCUCUUUGACUACAUCCAGUCCAUCACCAGCUACCUCACUCCACCUGUUGCAGCUGUCUUCAUGCUUGCCAUCUUCUGCAAACGCGUCAAUGAGUCUGGUGCAUUUUAUGGCCUCACGAUUGGCUUAGUUAUCGGCCUCUCCAGAAUGAUUGCAGAGUUUGCUUUUGGGACAGGCAGCUGCGUUGAACCCAGUAAAUGUCCCACCAUCAUAUGUGGAGUCCACUACCUCUACUUCUCCAUCAUUCUGUUUGUUGUCUCCUGUAUCCUCAUCGUGGGAAUCUCUCUUGUGACCAAACCCAUCGAAGACAAGCAUUUGUAUCGACUGUGCUGGACUCUGAGGAACUGUACUGAGGAGAGGAUUGACAUUGAAAAGGACGAUUGGAUCGACAAUCAAGAGUCCAACAAUAUGGAGAUAGAUGAGCCCAAGGAGAAUCCUGGCUGCUGCAAGAAGGUAGUGAUGAGUUUCUGCGGCCUGGAGCCGACAAAUGCGCCCAGGUUGAGUGCAGAGGAGCAGGCGGAGCUGCAGAGGAAGCUCACAGACACCACAGAGAAGCCUCUAUGGAGGAACGUCGUCAACGCCAACGCCAUCAUCCUCCUUUGUGUCGCUGUUUUCUUUCAUGGUUUUUACGGUUAAAGAAACUCCAUUGACGCAAAUGUUCUUGGAUAAAUUAUACUUAAGGGACAGGAUUUUAUAUGAUUGUAAAUUAUGAACGCAUAAAUGAACUGUAACCUUGUAAAAUUAGAUAAUGCAUUGGCAGACUUCUAUACUGGAUCAUUUUUACUGUAUGCAUGCCAUGUAUGGCAAAUGAACGUCUCGAGGACACAAUAUUUAUUUUUGUAAAAUAUGUUCCUGUCUAAAACUGUUAAAGUAUUUCAUUUUAUCUACUGUAGAUCUGGACAUUUUUCCAGGUUUUUCAUUUUGGAAACUUGGAAAAUUCUAAAUUGGGAAUACAAAUGCUCCUUUAUGGCUUGAUUAACUUUCUGGUUUACAUAUGAAGAGACACUGAUUGACUGGUUUGUAUGUGUUUUUAAGUUCACAUGCUCAACAUAAUGCCAAUUUGACCUUUUUUCUCAUUUUCUGUGCUCAAAGUCUACAAAAUGCUGUCACUUGUUAAAGCAUCUUACUAUAUGUUGUUUUAGGUGUUAAUGAAUCUCACAUCUCAGGGAAAAUGGUUGUGAACUCCACAGUUUGACUCUCUUUGCUUCCCUCUCCUGGUUCAUUGACUAGUUUGCAGUUUAUUUUAUUGCACAUUCAAUUUUCUGGUUAAGUCUGCUCUUACUGAGGUAUGCAUGUUAUGUACUUGGUAAAUAAAUUCUGAAACGUCACAUAA